AUGGAGACCCUUACUUAUGCACCGCAGCCUCUUAUUCUGGACGAGGUAAUUCCUCACAGUGAUCCUGCCUGCACACAGUUCCUCGAACUAACGACGGUGAAGAAGUUGCGUAACAAUGAGAAACUCGAGCUCAACAUCCCCAUGGUCCAGACGACUGAAGUCACUCCCAAAACCGUAACCAUCGAUGUGCCAGCCGAAUCAGAUAGCAUCCUCGUCUCCUUCAAUAGAGUUGCCUCACCCACUGUCGCAGUCCCCAAGUACAUCUCAGCAGCGACCAAACUCAAGAAGAUGGUCGAAGAAACCGACGAGUUGAUUGUAUGCCCUGGUGUUUACGACGGACUUUCGGCACGUAUUGCACUACGUGUGGGUUUCAGUGCUAUGUAUAUGGUAAGCUUCGUGUUCAAUCUGCCAACUUCCUUUGUCGACUGCCUUCUAACAAUGUGGGGGUGAUAGACAGGUGCAGGAACAACAGCCUCUCGUCUUGGUCAGCCGGAUCUGGGAAUUGCCCAUCUCCACGACAUGAAAGAGCACGCUGAAAUGAUCGCCAACCUGGAUCCAUAUGGACCACCUCUUAUUGCUGACAUGGACACUGGCUAUGGAGGUUUGUCAUUGUUCUUCUUUCCCAAUUGACACCAGCAACUGACUCUCAACAGGCCCAAUCAUGGUCGCCAACUCCGUCAAAUCAUACAUCCGAGCCGGCGUAGCAGGUUUCCACAUCGAGGACCAAGUCAUGAACAAACGCUGCGGUCAUCUCAAAGGCAAAAAGGUCGUCCCAGAGGAAGAGUUCUACUCUCGCAUACGCGCAGCCAAAUCAGCGAAAGAUGCCAUGAACUCCGACAUUGUAUUGAUCGCACGUACCGAUGCUCUCCAAAUGCUCGGCUACGAUGAGUGUGUGAAGCGUCUCAAAGUCGCACGCUCACUCGGUGCCGACGUGGGACUUCUUGAAGGCUACACAUCCAAAGAAAUGGCAGCACAGGCAGUGAAAGACCUCGCGCCGUGGCCGCUCUUGUUGAAUAUGGUUGAGAAUGGAGCAACACCUAUCAUUACCACAGCGGAGGCCAAGGAAAUGGGAUUUCGAAUCAUGAUUUUCUCUUUUGCGUCGAUUGCUCCAGCUUAUGUUGCCAUUCAGACGACGUUGCAGAGACUCAAGACGGAGGGAGUCGUUGGCACGGCCAAAGACUUGACUCCUCUGAAGCUCUUUGACAUGUGCGGACUGAAAGACUCGAUCGUUAUUGACACCGAGGCAGGGGGUUUGUCUUUCGCCAACGGUAUCUAG